GAGCGCCCCGCCAUGGCCGGCGCCCCCGGGCCGCUCCGCCUGGCGCUGCUGCUGCUCGGGGCGGUGGGCAGGGCCGGCCCCCGCCCCCAGGGUGCCACGGUGUCCCUCUCGGAGACAGUGCAGAAAUGGCGAGAAUACCGGCGACAGUGCCAGCGCUUCCUGACUGAGGCUCCGCCCCCAGCCACAGGUCUGUUUUGCAACCGGACCUUCGAUGACUACGCCUGCUGGCCGGAUGGGCCUCCGGGUUCCUUCGUGAACGUCAGCUGCCCCUGGUACCUGCCCUGGGCCAGCAGUGUGCUGCAGGGUCACGUGUACCGGUUCUGCACCACCGAUGGCCUGUGGCUACACAAGGACAACUCAAGCCUGCCCUGGAGGGACCUGUCCGAGUGCGAGGAGUCCAAGCGAGGGGACCGAAGCUCCCCGGAGCAGCAGCUCCUGUCCCUUUACGUCAUCUACACUGUGGGCUACGCACUCUCCUUCUCCGCACUGGUCGUCGCUUCGGCCAUCCUCCUGGGCUUCAGACACCUGCACUGUACCCGAAACUACAUUCACCUGAACCUGUUUGCAUCCUUCAUCCUCCGAGCACUGUCCGUCUUCAUCAAGGACGCGGUCCUCAAGUGGAUGUACAGCACGGCCGCCCAGCAGCACCAGUGGGAUGGGCUCCUCUCCUACCAGGACUCCCUGAGCUGCCGCCUGGUGUUCCUGCUCAUGCAGUACUGCGUGGCGGCCAACUACUACUGGCUCCUGGUGGAGGGGGUGUACCUGUACACGCUGCUGGCGCUCUCCGUCUUCUCCGAGCAGCGCAUCUUCAGGCUCUACGUGAGCAUAGGCUGGGGUGUUCCCCUGCUGUUUGUUAUCCCCUGGGGCAUUGUCAAGUACCUCUAUGAGGACGAGGGCUGCUGGACCAGGAACUCCAACAUGAAUUACUGGCUCAUCAUCCGGCUGCCCAUUCUCUUCGCCAUUGGGGUGAACUUCCUCAUCUUUGUCCGGGUCAUCUGCAUUGUGGUGUCCAAACUGAAGGCCAACCUCAUGUGCAAGACGGACACCAAGUGCAGGCUCGCCAAGUCCACGCUAACGCUCAUCCCUCUGCUGGGGACCCACGAGGUCAUCUUCGCCUUCGUGAUGGACGAGCACGCCCGGGGGACGCUGCGCUUCAUCAAGCUGUUCACAGAGCUCUCCUUCACCUCCUUCCAGGGGCUGAUGGUGGCCAUCUUGUACUGCUUUGUCAACAAUGAGGUCCAGAUGGAGUUCCGGAGGAGCUGGGAGCGCUGGCGGCUUGAGCACCUGCACGUCCAGAGGGACAGCAGCAUGAAGCCCUUCAAGUGUCCCACCAGCAGCCUGAGCUGCGGGGGCACAGUGGGUAGCAGUGUGUACACAGCCUCCUGCCAGACCUCCUGCAGCUGAGACUCUGGCACCUGCCCUCCCUGUGGUCUCACUGCUGACCAGGCGGCCAUCCCAGGUGGGAGAA